AUGAUGUCUCGUGUGUUGUGUCUGCUCGCUUUGCUGUUGAGUGUUGUCUCUUUCUGUGUGACAGCUGAGGCAGACUCUGAAUCUCUUCCAGAUGCUUCUGAUGUUCCUUGCAGUCCUGAGAGAACCGCUUCUGGUGAGGGUGAAACUUGCAAACCUGCUGCUGGUGGCCCUCUUAAACAACCACCUCCAUCAUCUGGUGCUCCUUGUCCUCAAGGCGAGACUGGUCCACAGUGCAAGAAUAACACUACUGGACCUGAAGAUGCUUCUACUGAUGAUUGUGGGACAUCUUCUGACAGGGAGAGUUGCCCUAAGAAAGAGGGUGACACUCAAGAGCAUUGCCCUCCUGGUUCUGGUAACAUUUGUCCACCAACACCAAAAGCCACUGCUCCUGAACAGCCUAUUAAGGGACAUAGUGAACAUGGUGGUCACACUCAGCAAGACCGUCCCGAUGAAAAUAGUAUACGUGCUGCUGAUGGUCAUAGUGAUAGUGGUCCCAGUAAAAAUAGAGAAACUGGUUCUGUUGUGGGUACUGGUGGUGUUGCUGAUGGUCGUAGUUCUCCUUCUGAAGCUGCUACUCCCGCUGCUCCUUCUACUGCAGGGAACAGUGAUGCUCCUUCAGAAAACCCUCAACAUGCAAACAAUGAAGCAAGUGAAGGUGCACCAUCACCAACUACACCUUCUUCCAGCAGCUCAGCCACAACAAGUGACGGUGGUUCUAAUCCUACAUCAACUGAGAAUGAUAAUACAUCUUCAGCGAGUGAGUCAACAAGUAAUCAAGAAGGUUCUGCUGAUAAUACAAAUACAACCACCACCACCACAACAACAACCUCAACAACACUUCCUCCUGAACUCACAAACAACAAGAAGGGUGAUGCAGACAGCAGCAGCAGCAGUAGUAUCAGCAGUUCUGUGUGGGUGCGUGUGCCACUACUGAUUGUGGUUACACUGGCCUGUAUUCUUGUGUGC